CUUAUUAAUGUUUAUUUGACGUCCAAACAUAGCCAUCACUUGGGAGUUUUGCAAACACUAAUUUGUUUAUCCCUCCAUCUCUACCAAACAGACUUGCAUAUGUAACUUCACUUUUUUAUACGUAAAAUUAUUGAAACUUGAUAACAAAGCCAACCUGCAUACUAUUAGAACAAGCCAUUCCCACUCCGAACGUUGCACUUCCCCAACCACCCGUUCUCCACAUUGCUCUCUCUCUCUCUCUCUCUCUCUCGCUCUGUUGAAUGGAAAUAUGAGAGAACGAAUGGAAAGACUGGUUCUUCUUCCUUUCACAUUUGGUUGUGUUUCUGAGUCUAGCGUUGCUGUUGGUGUACAGCCGCCCAGAAGAUCAAAAUCAGACACAAUUCCAUCUCCAAUAAGAACUAAAGAAGUAGGAGAUGAAGAAGAGGAAGAAGAUAGCUUAUCAGGUGAAAGCACGAAGAACUCAUUUAGAUCCUUGUCCCUUCCAAAACCAAACAUAUCUACCAGUGGUAUUCACAGGCUCUUCAAGGGUUUCAAGAAUUUCUCUCAGAUAUUUGUGUACAAGGAUGAUGAUAUGGAAGAAAUAAUGGAAAUGGAUAUGGAAAUAGGGGGUCCCACAGAUGUGAAGCAUGUGACACACAUAGGCUGGGAUGGUUCUGCUUCUGCUGCAUCUGCAACGACUGACCCCAUUAGGGGAUGGGAUAAUCUCAUAUCUCCUGAUCUGCUCUCUGUUUCCCCUGUUUCUUGGAGCCAAUUUGAGCUCUCUAUGCCUUCCCAAGCUGAUGUUGCAGUUCCUCUUGUUAACGGCUCUUCCUCUUAAAUCGUCUAAAAGAGAUUGGUGGACUGAGGAUGUGAUUAUAUUUAAGACUAUAAAUCAAUGUCAUUGCCAAAUCCAAAUCCAAAUCGGAAUCGGAAUUCUAUAUCUCCCCCCUGUUCGUACAUUUCCGUUAUGGUAGGCAGUACGUACAUUUCCAUUAUGGUUUUCUGAAGCUUUUUAAUGGUGUAAUGAGUGAUGAUGACUACUAUGUAUGGCUUUGUAAUUAUAUGGCAUCUCAUACACACUAUAUAUAUAUAUAUAUAUAUGUAUGUAUAUAUAGUUUGCACUUAAUACAAUUAUCAAUUUACAUAUA